CUUUCCGUUUCUUUUUCACUUAAUAUAUGCAGGUUGACUUUAAUUUACCAGAGCGUUUUGACAUUACUUAUGUUGACUCGUACUCUGAAAAGAAGCGUCCCAUCAUGAUCCACAGAGCAGUGCUUGGAUCCUUGGAGCGUUUUUUUGGAGUUCUCAUAGAGCAUUAUGCUGGGGAUUUUCCGUUGUGGCUUUCUCCAAUCCAAGCUCGAGUUUUACCUGUUACAGACACACAGGUUGAAUACUGCAAUGAGGUGACCAGAAAACUGAAAAGUAAUGGUAUUCGAGCUGAAAUUUUCCAUGGUGAGCGCCUGCCUAAGCUCAUUAGAAAUGCAGAGAAGCAGAAAAUCCCAUUGAUGGCCGUUGUGGGACCCAAGGAAGUCGAUACCCAAACUAUUACAGUUAGAUCUCGGUUUGGUGGGGAGCUUGGGACAAUGAAAAUUGAUGAUUUUAUCAGCAGAAUCAAGUAUGCCAUAGAAAACAGAACUUCAGUGUAAAACUCCUGGUCUUGGAAUUCAACGUGCUAUUGGUUUUCUAUGAGGAUUUGAAUUCAUAAAAUUUACGACAGGCGGAAAAUUUUUGGAUUUGUAAAUGUUUGUACUUGAGCACUUGUAUUUCUUCAGAUAAUGUCCAUCUUAGAAACAUCA